AUGGGGAUACAUAUCACCCGGACAUUGUGGCACAUCACAGUACUCCUCUUGACCCAUUGGCUUCGUAUAACACCACGGGCGGCUCUUUUUGCCACCUGGAUUCCUACAGUAGUUCUUGGCGUUUUGGAGUUCGGGGAAGCGAUGAACGUUGAAGUCGCGCGACGUCGAGUCGAUCCAUUGAGCGCAUUGUUUGCCGGAAGAGGACUGGGCGACGGUUCCCUCGUAUUGAGUUCCACUGUUCACGUAGCACCAAUGAGUGAGAUGGCCACGUGGAAUUUCGGGCACCAGGGGGUUCUGGAAAAGAGCAAUUUAUAG